CACCACUACUGGGAAGUAGGAACAAUGGCGGCGGGGCCUGGUGUUUCUAUGCAGAGCUGCAGCCCUGCGAGAGAACUGUCUAAUGCGGUUCAGCCCGGAGGAAAUCAGGCCCACCUGGACCGGGCCAAACCAGAAGAGGCGACAGAAGCAGAGAAGCAGAGUCGCAUGACUGCUCUGCUGGAGAGGCUUCAUGCCAAACACAAUGCCUCUCGACCAUGGCAGGAGACCUGCAAGGUUGUGCGGCAGGCCAUGGAGAAACGAGGCGGGAUGAAUACAGCAGGUCAUCAGCUCCUGCUCAACUGCUUGGAGACGUUGCAGAAAGCCCUGAAAGUCUCAUCCCUGCCCUCCAUGACAGAUCGCCUUGAAUCCAUUGCGCGGCAAAACAUGUUGGGCUCUCACCUCAGCCCAUCAGGGACAGAGUGCUACAUCACAUCCGACAUGUUUUAUGUGGAGGUGCAGCUUGACACCAGUGGUCAGCUAGUGGACGUCAAAGUGGCUCAUCAGGGAGAAAACCCCACGAGUUGUCCCGAGCUGAUUCAACAUUUAAGGGAAAAGAACUUUGAAGAGUUUUCUAAACAUCUCAAGGGACUGGUUGAAUUAUACAAGCUUCCUGGGGACAAUAAGCUGAAAACCAAGAUGUAUAUUGCACUGCAGUCAUUGGAGCUUGAUCUCACCAAGAUGAUGCACAUGUUUAGGUUAGCGACCAAUGCUAAUACCGUGGAAACUAUUCUUCAUGGGAGUGUGGGCCUGCUGACAGCCAGGAGUGGGGGGCAUCUUGUUUCCCUUCAGUGUUACGUGUCUCCUUAUGAUAUAUUUGAGGAGGGAACAGGCACACAGCUCAACUUAACAGACAGCAACGUGCCACGUUCUUUGGGUGUCAGUGUCUCGGUGACUAUCGAGGGAACCUCUGCUGUCUACAAACUCCCUAUCGCUCCACUCAUCACUGGAUCCCACCCAGUUGACAACAAAGGGACACCUUCUUUCUCCACUGUGACCAACUCCAACUGUGUGGACCUGCCAGCUUGUUUUUUCCUCAAGAUGAACCGGCCCAUGCCUUUCUCACUCUCCUUUAUUCAGAGACUGGGCAAUGCUACUUCUAUCCCAGUGUUUGAGACCCCACCCAGCCUCUCACCCCUCUACCAGUUAAUUGUCCAGAGCCAGCUCCAGCUCCAGGAGGAGGGCAGCACUCCACCACCACCCUCACACAACAUGCACUUUUAUUCUGUGUUGCCAGAUCAGCAGCACUGCUACUUCCUGAAUGGUGAUGCACCGGUGCAAGAUGGUCAUUCCCUUCAAGGAGCACUGGUGUCCAAAAUCCCCUUCCGCCACCCAGCACAAGUGCCAUUCCUGUUGGAUAUCAUUCGACACCAGGCAGCCUAUAACACUUUGAUUGGCAGCUGUGUGAAACGAACCACGGUCAAAGAAGACAGUGCAGGCCUGCUGCAGUUUGAAGUGUGUCCUCUUACAGACUCAAGUUUCAGUGUCUCUUUUCAGCACCCGGUCAAUGAGUCAUUAGUCUGUGUGGUGAUGGAAGUGAUUGAUUCCAGACAGGUAGCCUGCAAGCUAUAUAAAGGACUGUCAGAUGCUCUGAUUUGCACAGAUGAAUUCAUCACUAAAGUGGUCCAGAGAUGCAUGUCUAUCCCUGUAACCAUGCGGGCCAUUCGGAGGAAAGCAGAGACCAUCCAGGCAGACACUCCAGCCCUCUCAUUAAUUGCACAAACAGUGGAGACCAUGGUGAAGAAUAACCUGCCACGGUCCGAUAGUCCCACCUUUAACAUGGUAACAGGAGAUGUAGCUAAUCCUAUGGGAUUGCCUGGUCUCACAGGGGGCAACACACCUACUGGAGGAGGACCUCCUGGUGGACCUAAUUUUACAAGUCCCAUCGCUUCUCUGUUUGGGAUGUCCCGAACGGAGAGACCACCCCAAGGAGGAGAGUGCCUGACCCCUGCAGGGGUCGCCGGGCAGCAACAAUUGCAGCAACAACACCAGCAAGGACAAGGACAUUCAGAUGACUACAGCAAAGUCACCCAGAAUCCCAUACUGACAAGUUUAUUACAGAUAACUGGAAGUGUGGGUUCAAGUCCAAGCUCCCAGAAUGCACCACCACCUCACCAAACUCCACCACCAACAUCUUCUCCUGCCAGCAACACCAAGAAUCACCCCAUGUUGAUGAACUUGUUGAAGGACAAUCCCUCACAAGAUUUUGCCACACUGUAUGGUUCUAGUCCAUUAGAGAGACAGAAUUCUUCAUCUGGUUCUCCGAGGACGGAGGCCACGGGUGGAACUUGCAGUUCUAAGAUGAAGAAGAAGCGGCCGCGGGGCACUGAAAAGGGUGGUGUGUUGCCUGGAACAGGUCCAGGUGUUGGAGGUAGUGGUUUGGGCAUAAAAUCACAACAAGCAUCUUCCAUGCCACAACACCACCAACACCAUCCGGCCUCUCACGAAGACGAUUUCCACCGCGAACUACUCUCCAUGGACGUGGACGCAUCUCAAAAUUCUAUCUUUGAUGUUAACCUCACUGGUGAUGGCCUAGACACACCCCAUAGCAUCACUCCAGCGCCUAGCCAAUGUGGGACGCCACCCUCUGGCCCCAGCAUGCCUUAUACACAAUCUCAUGUCCAAUCUCAGCAACAGCAAGCACCAGGUUCUGUGCCCACUCACAAUGUCCACCUCUCAAGUUCUGAUAGCAUUGGAGCUGAUAUUACAGACAUCUUGUCAGAUUUACCUGAGCAGACUGGAAAGGGCAGCAGUGGGAACCAGCACCCCAUGGGCAGUGGUGGUGAGGAUGGAGGCCCCUUAGGUACCCCCAUACGUGACUCCUCCAGCUCGGGUCAGGGUAGCGCAGUAUUUGACUCUGCAGAUAUUUUCAAUACCAACAGCAAUGAGAAUCCUUUCUCAGAUGCUGCUGACCUCAUUGCUGAAGCAACUGCAGCCACUCCAACCAGUGACUCUUCAUCCACCAACUUUUUCCCUGAUGCUGCUGACUUCAAUCCAGAUCUCCUGACCUCAGGCCAUGGGUUCUCUCAAAGCUACUUUGAGGAUAGUUCUCCAAGUGCCGAUGGAGACAUGGACCUGAUCAAGGGUUUCGGCGAAAAUAGCCAGCAGAAUACCCCAUCAGGAACACCGCAGAAUCCCACUUCUCACGGACAGAGCACCCCUGAGCCCUCACUCAAGGAUCCUUUUGAAAUGGCGAUGGUUUUUGGAGGCAACAGUGGUAGUGGUAAACCACUUGGACAAGCGCCUGAUUUAGGAGACACACAUGGAGGAGGGUCCCAGAGCCCCCUCAUGAUGGGCCUCGGAGCAGCAUGUGGUGAUUUUAAAAGUGCAGAACCCAAAGUUAAACCACCGAGUUUCAUGCGCACAAAGGAUGAAAAUGGGGGUAGCGGGGGGAGUAGCUCUGGGUUGGGGAUGGGGAGCAGCUCAGCAGAGGGCAAACAAGUCAAACGUAGCAGGACCCCAUCCAGUGAGGGAAAGUCUAAAGACAAGCCUCCCAAACGGAAAAAGCUGGAUACCGAUGGGAAGUCCCCAUCUCACAGUUCAGGAGGGCGGCCGUAUACACCUCCUAGUGGUGGCUCGGGUUCUGGGGGAAGCAUAAGUGGAGGCGGCUCCAAGUCUCCUGGUAGUUCAGGGCGCUCACAAACUCCCCCUGGGGGUGCAACACCUCCAAUUCCCAAAAUCACGAUUCAAAUCCCAAAAGGGAUAACUGGGGGUAAAACCUCAUCUCAUAGUGGAUACACCUCCAGCAGUUCAGCCACAAGCAACACAGGGAGUGCAGGAGGAACAAGCAGCAGCAAAAGCCAUCAUUCACACUCAUCAUCCUCUGGGAAGAUCAAGUCCAAGGAAGGCUCCAUGACACAAGGCAGCAGCUCCAAGCCUGGGAGUUCAGGGGGUGGAGGUGGCCAAUCACAGUCUAAAAGCUCCUCCCAAGGAAUGGGUGUUGGCAAACCAGGAUCUUCUCCAAUCACCAAGCAUGGGCUUUCGGGGCCUGGAGCAUCUGGUGGUGGAAUUGGAAGUGGAAAUAAAAUUAAACCUCAAGGUGGCAAGCCUUCUGGGUCACUUAUGAAUCCAAACAUAAAGCCAAAUAUCUCUCCUUCACAUUCUCGCUCCAGUGGCUCUGGCGACAAAUUGUCCUCUCCUAUGAAAAUGCAGCAGUCCCAGGUUCCUGGAACUCCUCCUUCCAAGGCUAAAUCCCCAAUGGGCUCAGGAGGUGUCAGCUCUGGAGGGUCCAAGUCAUCUUCUGGUGGAGGUAUGAGCUCCCAGAAGCCAAGUGGUGGGAGCUCUUCUUCAGGUUCGGCAUCCUCUUCGUCAUCCUCCAGCUCCUCAUCAUCAUCUGGUUCCAUGAGCUUCUCAGGAGGCUCCCAGUCUCAGUAUGGGAGUGGUGGCGGUGGUGGAAGUGGAGGGGGAGGAGGAGGAAGUGGCGGUGGAGGAGGUGGCAGCGGGGGCGGAAGUGGUGGUGGAAGUGGAGGUAGCGGAGGGGCUGGUCAAAACAAUGCAAAUAACCCCAAUGCCAAAGGGAAGUCUCCAAGUCGCAACAAGAAACCCUCUCUAACUGCAGUCAUAGACAAACUGAAGAGCGUGGGUGGUGGAGGAGUUGGGGAGGAUGGUUGUGAGGUCGGUCCACCGGUGGGGGGACCUGGUUCAGCAUCUGCUCCUGGUGGUGGACCUGGAAAUGUUCCCAGUGGACCUUCAAACAUGGGUCCCUCUAAACACAGCUCAUCCUCUCAAAGUGGCGAGUAUAAGCGUGAAAAGUCUGACAAAGAGGCAAAAGCAAAAGUGAUGGUUUCAGGGGGUAACAGUGGGGAUAAAAAGCUGAUGGACCCCAAAACAAGUGGGGUGGGUGGGAACACUCUGGCCAAAAUUAUCAUUAGUAAGCCAGAUGGUGGCUCGCCGAGCAUCAAGGCUAAAGUGACCCUUCAGAAAGCAGGGGAAGGAUCUGGUGACUCGAUGCGACCCCAGAUUUCCAGCCUCAAAGCUUCCCCUCUCUUCAGUGGCUCUACUCCCAAACACGACCGCUCUUCCCCCAGCCACAGCCGCUCGCCGGGAUACACCCCCCUCAACCACGACAGCGAGAGCGAGUCAGGCAGCAGCUCGGUGGCGGAGAAGUCUCACCAGAACAGCCCCAGCUCAGAUGACGACCAGACCAUCCGCCCGCUUCCCCCGCAGGACUACAUGAGCUCCAUCCCCCUCAGCUCGGGGGAGAAGCACAAGAAACACAAGAAGGAGAAGAAGAAGCAGAAGGAGAGGGAACGAGACAGGGACAGGGACAGAGAACGGGACAGAGACAAAGAGAAAAAGAAGUCGUCUAUGUCCAUGGGGCCGUCCUCGCAUCCGCUUAAAGCAGACAGUUGGUCACGGUCGCCCAUCUCGGCUUCAGAGUCGUCGUUGUCCAUGCUCGGUUCUGAACGCCCGUCCCGACCCAGCCCCAUGUACAUGAGGAACGAAGACGAUGACCUCAUGGACUCGGCCCUCACUGGCAACCUUUAAUUUGGCUGAGAAAGGUUGCUGUUUUGCUGUCCCACUUUUAACACAAGCUUUUUAACACGCAAAGUGAACUUCUAUUUAUUUAACUCCAGCCACAAAUUGGGACUGGAUGUAAGAAUAUUUGUGGCACACAAGCUCUGGGCGUUCAUUGCUCUGUUCAAGUUGUGUUUUAAUGUCAUAUUUUACCGUAUGAAUAUCCAUGUAUAAUGUCAGGGGGGAUUGAGAUGCCAGUUUGUAUGAAAGCGGGUGCUGCACAUCCAAAGCUGCCUCAGAAUACCAGCUCCCCUUUUGGCAUUUCUGAGGGAGUUGCUUUAAACAGUAUAUUAUAGUCAUAUAACAUUAUUUCUGUCUUUUCCUGUGAUGUCAGACUGUUUUUACUGUUAGUAAAUGUUCAUGUCUCUCUCAGAUCUUCAGUGUGCACAUGUUGCUAAAAACAUGCCGGAUUGUUAUGAUGCAGCUUGAUGCUUAAAAGAAACAAAAAAAAAAAGUAUUGUAAAGUGAGAAGGGUGCAGUGUUCAGUUGCCUUCUUUUUCAGAUACAACUGGGAGUUUUUAGGUUUUGAUACAUUUUAAACUGUUAAUGUGUAAAUUAGUGUAGGUAAAGAAGACAACCGGUGAUGAGGGGGAACAGAAGGAAAGAAUUAUGCUGUAAAAACAUUUUUAACUGUAGAAAUCUUUGGAAGCUUGGAAUAAACAUUUCACUUCUUGGGAAGAAAAAGAAA